UGUAGGUUAGAGCGAAAAGCCAGGGAGAGGUAGAGGGUAAGGAAAGAGAAAGAGGUGGGGAAGAGAAGUGCAUUGUUUUAUUGCUUGCCGCGUACGAUCGCUUGUCGGAAAAGUAGCUCUCUUCGGAUGAAACGGAAUUAACAUUACAGCCGAUCACCAAUUUAUUUCUCGUCUUUGUCACUUGUUUGUGCUAUUCGGACAAACAUUCGGAAACAUAUGAGGAUUCGUUGUAUUUAUGUUUAUCCGCAGCUCCUUUUUGGAGCUAUAAAUAUUAAUCCAUAUAUAGCCUACUUCUCUUCACGAUUCACAUGCUUUGGAGUCCUAUGACUUGCAGAUAAUAAACCAGCAACAUGAGAGCUCAAAUUGAAGUGAUCCCUUGCAAAAUAUGCGGGGACAAGUCGUCUGGCAUCCACUAUGGAGUCAUCACCUGCGAAGGCUGCAAAGGUUUCUUUCGGCGCAGUCAACAGAAUAACGCAAUGUACUCAUGCUCACGACAGAGGAAUUGCCAGAUAGACCGCACAAACCGCAACCGCUGCCAGCACUGCCGCCUGCAGAAGUGCUUGAAUCUGGGAAUGAGCCGCGACGCGGUCAAGUUCGGCCGCAUGUCCAAGAAGCAGCGGGACAGUCUGUAUGCCGAGGUGCAGAAGCACCAGCAGUCCCAGGAGCGCAGCUCCAUGGCCGCCAACGGCAACCUGAACAUGGGCUCCCGGGGGCUGGCGGACGACGGCGGGAUCGGAGACGGCGUGGGCCUCAGCAGCAGUCACACCACGCGCACCUACAGCCGCGGCUCUAGUGCCGCGCUCAGCGACCUGGACGACAUCACCGACCUGCCCGACAACCUGCUCUUCGACCUUCCCCUCACGCCAGAGGGCGGGGCGACCGGUGGGGGCAGCUACGGCAGUCUGGAGCUGCUCGGCGGUGGGGGCAGUGGGGGCAGUAGCUCUCACAGCUCUUCACAGAGCUCGCCCGAGCAGAGCGGUCAAGAGUAUAGUGACGGGGGCAGUUCUGGAGGAGGAGGAGGAAGAGGAGGCAGCAACAACAGCAACAACUCACACAUCAAGCAGGAGCAAUACCAGCUGCUGCACAACUCCAACAUGUUCACACACUCGCUGCUCAACGACUCGUCUGAUGGCUGCUCCAUGAUGGAAAUAGAUCGCAUCACCCAAAACGUGGUGAAGUCCCACAUGGAGACCAGUCAGUACAGCGCAGAGGAGCUGAAGAAGCUCGCGUGGAACACCUACACUGCAGAGGAGACACGCUGCUUCCAGAGCAAGCCCGUGGAGGUGAUGUGGCAGCAGUGCGCCAUUCACGUCACCAACGCCAUCAAGUACGUGGUGGAGUUCGCCAAGCGCAUCACUGGAUUCAUGGACCUCUGCCAGAACGACCAGAUCAUUCUUCUGAAAGCAGGCUGCCUGGAUGUUCUUCUGAUUCGUAUGUGCCGGGCCUACAACCCUGUCCACAACACACUGCUCUUCGACAGCAAGUUUGCCGGCCCCCAACUCUUCAAAACUUUAGGCUGUGAUGACCUUGUGAACGCCGUCUAUGAACUGGCCAAGGGCUUCAACCGCCUACAGCUCAGCGAUGAGGAGAUGGCGCUGUUCAGCGCUGCCGUGCUCCUAUCCCCAGACCGGUUGUGGCUGACAGACACGCAGCAGGUGCAGAAGCUUCAGGAGAAAGUGUACCAGGCACUGCAGCACAGUCUGCACAGGAGUGGAGCUUCAGAGGAGAAACUGUCAAAGAUGGUGUCCAAGUUGCCCAUGAUGAAGUCCAUCUGCAACCUCCACAUCGACAAGCUGGAGUUCUUCCGCCUGCUUCACCCGGACACAGCCUAUAGCUUCCCACCCCUCUACCGGGAGGUCUUCUGCAGCGAAAUUAACUUCCCUGACUCCACAGAGGGCUAGAGUCCCACACAAGGCACAGAGAGACUGGCAGACAUACGGACAGAUGUUUAGGGACGGA